CUCCCUUAUAAAGAAGCUUUAUUCCGUGAGCCUCAUCCAAGUGUCAGGUUUUUUUUGUAGGACGGCACACAUGACAAGGUGUAUUAGCCAAUGCCUUGCCCGUCAAAAAUGCUGGCAAUCCCGACUUCUCCAUGCUGAACUUUGGCUGGCAUAUGCCUCUUCGAUUUGGAGUGUUGUCGUGAGAAUACGCCAGCUCGCACUACCAUGAAAAAGAGCGAGAGAGACGCACGCGCAGCGCGACCGUUGGAUACCAUAGGCUUGUACAGCCCUGCUGAAGUCUUUGCUGCAGCGGUCAAGAGAGCAAUUAUUGAACAUGUAAUCGUGAAGUUCGUCAACGCUGUUGGAGCUCCGACUCCUCCUGCGUUUUGUCGUUGUUUACAAUAAAAAAAGGACAGGCGUGGACUGUGGUGCAACGAGCAAUAGUGGGUGUGCGCUUUGCUCUUGUUCCUACUAGAGUCUGUUGCGGGGAGAGGAGAGCUCAUAAUUACCUUUUUACCCGGGUGUGCACCUCGCUCUCACUGACAAGAGCAAAAGAAGACACGGAUGAUGUGUUUUUACUCCCUACCGUUCUCCAUUCUCUCUCGGUUAAAAACAAAGGAUUCAAUAGAAAGAGCGUUGAAAGAUUUUACAUAAAGACAAGGCUUUUUUCUUUCCAGUCAGUUGUUUUCGGCAAGGGUUUGGUCCAUUGUGGCAAACCGAAAAUCAAGAUGAAAUUUCCCACGGAGAACCCAAGAAAACCAGGGAAUCCCAACCCUACGCCAGUGGCGGUCCAGACCAACCUGUUCCCGCCCAAGAAGGUCCAGCCAGGCAUGAUGAGUGCCAGCCUGGUCCAGGCCAGUGUGGCCACCAUGCAGAACCCCAUGGGCUGCACAGUGCCCCGGCUCUCUCCAUCGCGACCUGCCAGCAUGGUGGCCAGCAUGGAGGCGGUGGGCGAGGAUGGCUCGCCCCUUUUCACGGUCAUGAAGUGGAAGACCGUGGUGGCGGUGUUUGUGGUGGUGGUUGCCUAUCUGGUGGGGGGAGGCCUGAUGUUCCGGGCCCUGGAGCAGCCUUUCGAGAGCAACCAGAAGGUGACCAUCACCGCAGAGAAGGCGGCGUUCCUGCAGAAGCACCCCUGUGUCUCACCGGCGGAGCUGGAGGUGCUUAUCAAGCACUCUGUAGAUGCAGUGAAUGCUGGGGUCAGCCCGAUAGGAGACACAUCCUAUAACUCCAGUCACUGGGACCUGGGCAGUGCCUUUUUCUUCGCCGGAACCGUCAUCACAACCAUAGGAUAUGGUAACAUUGCUCCCAGCACUGAGGGCGGGAAGAUUUUCUGUAUCCUAUAUGCAAUAUUUGGCAUCCCUCUGUUUGGGUUCCUGCUAGCCGGUGUGGGGGACCAGCUAGGGACCAUAUUCGUGAAAAGCAUCGCCAAGGUGGAGAAAAUGUUCAGACAUAAACAGAACCAGAUCAGCCAGACCAAGAUCCGAGUGGCCUCCACGUUACUCUUCAUCCUGGCGGGUUGUAUCCUCUUUGUCACCAUUCCAGCGGUCAUCUUCAAACACAUAGAAGGCUGGACUGGACUGGAGGCCAUCUACUUUGUUGUUAUCACCCUGACAACUAUUGGAAUAGGAGACUAUGUGGCAGGAGGGGACCGGAGGGUCGUGUAUCGUAAUUGGUAUAGACCACUGGUGUGGUUCUGGAUUCUGGUGGGGUUGGCCUAUUUCGCUGCUGUUCUGAGCAUGAUUGGUGACUGGCUGAGGGUCUUGUCCAAGAAAACAAAAGAGGAGGUCGGAGAGAUCAAGGCCCACGCGGCCGAGUGGAAGGCCAACGUGCGAGCCGAGUUCCGGGAGACGCGGCGACGCCUGAGUGUGGAGGUCAGCGACAAGCUCCAGCGGACCGCCACCAUCCGCAGCAUGGAGCGGCGCCAGCUGGGCCUGGACCAGUGGGCCGUCUCCACGGACAUGCUCUCCCCGGAACGCCGUGCCGCCUUUAACAGUCUGGACACCAACCCCUACAAGACCUCGUCUCAGGAGAGCAUCGACAUGAAACUCAACAACCUGCGUCUAAGGGGGGCAGAGUGUGAUCCGCGCCGGUCCGAAAGUGUGGCCUCCUCAGACGACAACAUCUUUAAUCGCCUGGGUUCCGUCACCAAGCUGGCCAAGAGAAACAAGAACCGCGAGCUGAAGAAGAAUAUCCCAGAUGAGCUACAAUGCAGGCCCUUUAGUACUCCGCCUAUGGAGAUGGGGAAGAGGAAGGAGGAAGAGGAGGAGGAGGAGGAGGAGGAAGAUGAGGGGUUAGACAAAAAGUUCAACACCAGCAUGUCCGAUCUGCCGCUGUUUGUCGAAGUGUGCAAGCCCCAGAAUGGUUUCACAGUACCAUUCAUACCACUACAGACCAAAGAAAAAAAGACUGAGGGGGAAACACUUCAACUUGAAGAAAAGGAGCUGCGUAUCCAGAUGGAUCCUUAAAAAUGUUGGUUGUUCCUCUGAGGUAAAGGAUGUUUUAAACGUCACCACCAUAUGUGCCUUACAUUUCUGUCACGCCUUUGUGUGCUUGAUAUUGGGGGAACUGUUGUGUCCCUGUGUGCUAUGUAAUGUUAUUCAAUAUUCACUGUGCCCUAAUAACCUGAAGGAAAGACAUUAACAUCAUACGUUUCUACAAUCACCCGGUAAUUGUUU